AUGUCUGAUGAACCCAUCCUAACCUCCUACCAUGGCAAAACCGCCAUAAUAACCCUCAACGUACCCAAAAAACUGAACGCCCUGGGUGCCGAUGAAUACUACCAACUCGCGCGGGCCAUGAACGAGGUCGCAGCAAGAGACGACAUCUACAUUACUAUCCUAACAGGCAAGGGUCGUUUCUUCAGCGCCGGCGCAGACGUGACUUUCGGCUCCAAUACCGACGAUAGCGCUAUCGACGAGCGACACCAGUACCUAAAGUCCUUUGUGUCCAACAACCUACAUAUAACGCAUGCUUUCUACACGCAUCCCAAGAUCCUCAUCACAGCCCUCAAUGGCCCCGCAGUCGGUCUCUCCGCCGCGCUAAUCGCCUUCUCGGAUUUCAUCUACGCGGCGCCGCACACCUUCCUUCUGACGCCCUUCUCCUCCCUCGGCCUCGUAGCAGAAGGAAACGCAAGCAUAGGCUUUGUCCGGCGCCUGGGUAUCUCAAAAGCAAACGAAGCGCUCAUCAUGUCGAAACGCAUCACAUGUGACGAACUGGUAGCGACUGGGUUCGUGAACAAGGUCAUUGAAGCUGGGGUCGAUAUCAAGGAUGAACAGUACAGUGAGAAAUUCCUAGGCCAGGUCAGGAAGGAGGUUGAGGAGAGGUUGGGCGAUCAUCUUAAUAGCGAGAGUUUGGUGUUGAUUAAGGAAUUGAUACAGAAGCCUGUCAGGGAGGCGUUGGAUCGGCAGGGUGUAGAGGAGGUCAUGGGUGGAUUGCAGAGGUUUUUGAAGGGGGUGCCGCAGAAGGAGUUUGCGAGGUUGGCUAGUGGAGAGAAGAAACAUAAGUUGUAG